AAUCAUUGUGGUGGCAACACGUUUUUCUUUAAACGCGCUUGCCGAUUUCAAACUAAAUGCUAGUUUCGAAAUUGACGCGAAUCGUCGGUAAUGUUAAGAUGUUUUACAUAAACUUCCUUAUUUCUACAGUGAUCUUUAACCUUACAGUGAACAACAGAGGUUAUGUAAUGUGUACUUAAUACAGUGGAGUGAUGAAUACGUUGUGGUGUAGUGUACACAAGAAUGAUACGAUGAAGCGAACAAAAAAGAGUGAUAAACUUAGUAAAAUUAAACACAAAUUGAUAAAGAAACAUAAAAUAAAUGAACACCGCUCGGCGGGCGGCAGCUGGGAGGAGCCAGUAAGCGCGGUGCGCAACGCGCCGCUCCGGCGCUCGCAGCGGCUCAACUCCACCCUGGACUCCAGGAGCAGCGGUCAGCUACGCAACACCCUCAGUCGGGCCCGCGAGCUAUGCGAGCGCUGGCGCAGCGGGGGCGCCACGCCCGCGCCCCCCGCGCCGCCGCCAGAGGACGAGGGCGGGGGGCGCUUGGCACGCUGGUUCAGCGUCAGGAGAGGCUCGACACACCAGUAUGACAUGCACACACAUGAGAGCGACAAGAUGCCGAAGCUCCCUGAGCUUGAAGAGGACCUCUUCUCAUGCGGCGGUGAGGUGCGCGGCGGGCGUGUGGCGCCACCCUCGCUCGCGCCGCCGCCGGACGCGCUGACGGCCGUGCAGCUGCGGCGACGGCACGUCGUCGCCGCCAUUAUACACAGCGAGAACUCGUACGUCGCGACGCUGCAGCGGCUCGUCAAUGACUACAAGAAGCCCUUAGAAGAAAGUAGCCCUGCAAUCCUGAAUGCGUCGAAGAUCCAGACACUAUUCCACCGACUGCCCGACAUACUGCAGUGCCACCUACACUUCCGUACAGCACUCGCGGACUGCGCGCGGACGUGGGACCGCGAUGAAAAAAUAGGCGAGGUCUUCCUAAACGCGUUUUCCAAAGCCGUGGUGCUAGACGUGUACUCCGACUUCAUCAACAAUUUCUCCGUGGCCAUGGAGCUGGCCAAGAUGGAGUCGAAGCGCAAGAGCGCGCUGGCGGACUUCUUCAAGGUCAAGCAGAUCAGCGCGCACGACCGGCUCUCGUUCUUCGGGCUCAUGGUCAAACCGGUGCAGCGGUUCCCGCAGUUCAUCAUGUUUCUACAGGAUUUAUUAAAACACACGCCUCCAGGACACGCUGACCGCGUUGCUCUACAGAGGGCCUUAACUAGACUAGAAGCACUAGCUGACGCACUUAAUGAAAGGAAAAGGGAAGCGGAAAGGACCCAGGCGUUCCGCGCUGCAUUACGGCGGUUAACGCGCGGCGGCGUGACGGGCGCAGGCGGCGCGGGCGGCGCGGCGCGCUUCGGGGCCGCGCGGCUGCUCGCCUCCCGCGCUGACAAGCGACAUCUGCUGCGGCAGGAUGAUUUGACGCAGUUGGAAUUCAACCAAUCAGGCGCCCUAUCAAAAUGCAAGCCGCGCCGCCUUCUCCUGCUCAACGACCUCGUCGUCUGCGUGUCCGUGUGCAACAGCGGCGACGACGCGGAGCGCCUCGGGCUCAAGUGGGCGCACCCCGUGCAGGACGUGGACGUGCUCGACACCGGCACCUCGCCCACGCUCAGCCGGGUGCUGGCUCAAGGGAUGAAUCGAAGCGGCAGUCUCCGCUCCAACUCGAGCAAUACGUCGCCGGCUACGGGCGACUCUCUCUGCAACGAGAUGUCGACGUUGAUGCACGACUACGAGACGGUGUCGCGCAUGGCCGACCUCGCCGCCUCACUCAAGACGCCGUACCACGAGCUCGCGCCGGAAAUGUUCAGAGCGUUGUUACAGAACAUACAGCAGAGUAUACAGAAAAAAGACGACGAAAUGGCGUGGGUGGACUCGUGCUGCUUGCAGCUGACGAUCCGGGGCCGCGAGGAGCCCGUGACGUUCCGCGCGCAGGAGCCGGGCGCGCGCCUGGCCUGGGCCACGGAGCUGCGCCUGGCGCAGCUGGCGCAGGCCGCGGCCAACUCGCCCGCCUGGCGCCUGCCCGCGCCGCAGCACCCGCCCGCCCACAAGAUGCCGCUCUUCGUGGCCGCCACGCCGGUGCACUCUUCCAAGUAUCUCACGGAGGUCCGCUGCGGCUGCUUCUACACGUCGUCGUCGUCCCCCCGCGGCGCGCCCAUGCGGCGGGCGCGCUCGCUGCUGUGGGUGUGCGCGGCCGGCUCCGCGCCCGACAGCCACGUGGCCGUGCUCACGCACCGCGCCGCCAAGCUCAAGACGCUCGUCACGCUGCAGCUGCUCGACACCAAGGUGACCUCGAUGGAAUACGCCAAAGGGAUCCGUCAAGUGACCACGCUGUGCGGUGACACAGUGUGGCUCGGCACUGACGACAAGAAAAUCAUAGUCUUCUCCGGCGUCGAGCCCGAGAAACAGGAGAAGCUGGCCGAAGUCAACACCAUCGCGCCGGUCACGCACAUUAAAUACCACUGCGAUGCGAUGUUCGUGGGACUCGCGAACGGGCGAGUAUCAGUCUACCGAAGGAACCAUGACGACUCGUGGGCCCUUCAGGAACCGUUAGCUAUAGAACUAGGCGACAAGCCUGUGCAUUGCGUACUGCCGGUAGAUGGGAUAAUUUACGCUUCGUGCGGAAGAAGAGUCUUCGCUAUAAACGCGCUAACUGCUGAAAUAUUACGCAUAUUAGAACUUAAAGGUGACAGCGACCGAUCUGUAAGGUACUUAGCGCAUUCUGGCGUCGGACUUUGGGCCUCAUGCACGGAUUCCACAUACGUGAGUCUUUACCAUGCUGAAACAUUCGAGCAUCUGCAGAAUAUUGAUAUCGCCGCUGAUGUGGCCAAGACGAUCGGCGCCAGGGAGGGAAGCAAACCCGCUUACGUCUCCGCUUUGCUCGCUGUGCAAGGACUUCUUUGGGUCGGUACGACCGCCGGUGUUAGCGUCACUGUGCCUCUGCCCAAGCUUGAAGGUUUGCCACUUAUCGGCGGACACAUCGGAGUGUCAUACCACGCACACGCCGGUCCCGUCAGCUUCCUGCUUCCUUUACUACCGGAGACGAAAGAAGUGGACGUCAACGUCGUCCGACGGAAUUUAUCCAACGCCCGCGCCUACCAAGCCACCCUCUCCGACAACAACGUCCUCCACGAAUACAAAGAGGAGACGUCUAAAGAGGACGGCGAAAAACCCAAGCUGGAGAGACGAAUAUCGGAGGAGCUGAGCCCGUACCGUCCUCAACGCGUGCAAUCGGCCGUCGUGCGCCGCAAGAAGCCCGGGGACGUCCGCCUCAGCAAAACUCUUCCUAAAUGUGCUAACCUGAACGCCUGCGACGUGUACGGUCUGUACGGUGAUCUCAUGUUCGUGAAAGACUGCGCCGGGGAGAGCGACGUCAGUGGGUCCGGGGGCGAGGCGCUCCGGCGGAGCGACCCCGAGCUGGCGGCCAUUCCGUUCCGCGUCAGCACCCUCGACAGGCGGCUCCGCAUGCGAGCCGGCCGGCCGAGAAGUCUCGACCUGUCCAGCUGGUCGGUCGACUCCCGGGCGUCGAGCCUCUGCACGUCGUCGGGCAGCGAGGAGUCCAUGGCCCUGCGCGGCGUGUCGCGGACGAGCUCGGGCGCGUCCGGGGCGGCGGGCCUGGCGCCCGUGGCCGUGUCCACGCCGGACUCGAGCGCGUCCGACAGGUCGGCGGGCACGUGCGCCGCCAGCAAGCCGGCGGGGCGCAGCCUGCGCGGGGCCGACUACGUGGUGGGCGAGAGCGCGGCGCGGCGCUCGGUGGUGACGGUGGUGGGCGGGCGCGGCUACGUGGACUGGCGGCAGACGGCCGACGCGGCGGAGCGGCCCUCGCCCGCCGCCGACCCCAACCCCAAGGACGCCCACCUCAUCCUGUGGGAGAUGCGCUUGUGACGAGAACGCACACCCGUCCGUCUCACUCUAUUGACUCGCGUCGAUUUCAAACCGAUAUGCUCGCACCCAAAAAUUAGAGUAGCGAUCGCCGGAUGACUCUUUCGGAUAACUUCGCAUCUCGGUUUGACAUCGCGUAUCAAAAUAUUUUGUGUCAUAUUUGAGAUAAUCGUGCUAUUGUAAAUACGUGAAUGCUUAUAGAUUUACAGCUAUUCUUGUAGCGUAUACAUUAAAAUAAAUAAACUUAUGACUUUGUAUACAAAGAAAAAAACCUAUGUAAAGUUCGAUCCCGCUAACUAUGCAACAAUACGUUCGAAUCUAUGUUUAGCUCGACCGAGAAGCUGUACUUCAUAUGAUAGUUAUAUUAGUUAAUGUUUGACUGCAUGCUUUGAGUGUAAUAAGCGCUAAACUAAGAUUUAACGUAAAGUAGAAUAUAGGAAAGGGGAGGGAUACGUUACACAUAGAGUGAAUGAUUGUGAUAAGCUUUAAAUUAUUUUUCUAUACUCGGACAGCUAGAAGCCGGUUAGCCCGAAGUUUACAUUGGUUUAUCGUAUCAUAUUUAUGCACUGGUGCAUUAUUUUUGUGAUGUUUUUUAUUCAAAUGUUAUAUGAAAUUAAUUGUGGAUGAUAAUAUAUUGAAGUAACGCACACAUAACAAUCCUCUAAUAACCCAUUGAAUACUUGCAAUUUACGCAAAAAAGCAUUCUCAAUACCUUACAAAACCUAAAAUUUAUUUGUAAUUCUUCUAUUUGAUAUAAUUAUUUAAUCUAAUCCUAAUCCUGUGGAAUGUCCUCUAUUAUGGAUCCUGGAACAUGAAUUCAGCAAUUUCAAUGAAACUAACCUCGAAUCCGAAUCGAAUAUAUCUAUUCGCAUAAAACGACAAUGUGAUUUAAUUUCACGUAAUUAUAACGAUCCGCCAUAUUAACAUAGGUUAGAUUUCGUUGUAAAAUUGUAGUUAUAUUACUCCGGGUUACGAAUACGUAAGUUUUAAAAAAUCCGAUAAAUUGUUUGAAAUUGUAAACUAUUGAACCUAGUGGCCUUAUGAAUUUCCAGUGUGGUGAUUGUAGCAUUCGUUCAAGCUUUAUUGUUGGACAUAUGUUUAAUGUCGCUUUAAGAAUUAGACUGAUUUAGCUUAAGCGUUAAAGUAUACUUUAGUUAAAUUUUAGUGAUUAAGGCGAACGCACGACAAUCGAACGAAUAUUUCACUGUUAAAUGUCUAUUUAGUGCCGUUUUAUUUGUUUGUUUCAUGUCCUCUCAAAAUUUGUUUGUAGUUAAAACAAAAUAUAGUAAAACGUUACAAAUCUGUAAUCAACAAUGUUACACCUUUAUCUGUUAAACAUAAUAUUUGGAGCAUAUUCCGAGCCAGUACAAUUUGCUAGGUCACUUUACUUAAAUGUGCCUGACUUUUUGUAAUAACUUUUGGGCAUUUAAGCCUAAAGCGGAGUUUAAUAACGUUUUGUACGAAAGUUGAUUUAUCAUGUUGGUUAUUGUUAGUCGCUAGUUAGUUGUUAGCGGUCAGUACCUACACCUAAAUACCUGAGCUGUUACUCCGUUUUACUACGAGUAACUCAAGCUAACCAGUAGCCUUACCACGACUGCCUUAUCAGUGUCAAACUGACAUAUUCACUGACGACGGCGUAACUUACUUUCUAUAGGGACCGUGCGCGUUGGAGGGUCUGCCAUCUUGUGGCCUGAAUCGGAACCAUAUACAUGUACAUUUACACGUCACGUGUUUUCUUGUGCAUAGUAGGUUCUGCCAUCUUUUGGGCUACAUCGGAACAAUAAACAUCACAUUUACGCCUCGCGCCAAAAAUCUGACAGCUCCUGUGCUGCCUCCUACAGUUCAUGCACGCUCCCUAUAAAUCUCGCUUACACUGGUAUGCGAGCGAGCGAGAUGCAUAGAAAGUAAGUUACGCCCACGCUAUCGAAUAUGUCAAUGUCAGACUGGACAAGUUCGAUUUCUGAUCGUAUCGUGAUCACAGUUAUAUUGGUUCGUUUGAGAGUACUUGUAAGUAAGGGGUCUGCGAAAACGGCUCUUGCGAGCUAAGGGCACAGAGGACGGGAACAGUGUAGGCUUUAGACAACCACGCUGAAAGCUGCAGCGUUAGCUUAGCAAGGCCAUCAGAGGCUUGUAACGUACCACUAUUACUUAUAUAGGAGCGGGCAAGGUGCUCAAAAUAUAUUAACAUUUCCUCUUAAUGACUUGACAAUAGAGGCGUGUUCAGAUAUAUGUGAGUGAUCUGGCUGCUCAUAUAUAUGGUAGAGCGAUGUUACUCCUGUGGGCACCGUCGAUCAAUUCCGUCCUCUGUACUAAGGGUACAGUCAAAUCCAAAGAAUGAAUCAGGCAUUAUAUUAGACGCCGAACGAUUUCCCCCACGCCCAUACCCCUCUCCGAAGUAUUCAAUGUGCCAAAUUGUAAAAUAUCUGAUUUAGGUACUUAUUACAAAACUUGUACAGAAAUAAAUUUAAUUACAUUAAUGUAAAUAAAAUAAUUUCUCAGCUCACGUAAUCUUUGUUUUGCAUAUUUGAUUUGAUAAAAAAAAACUUGCAGAUCUUUACGUGAGGUUUGAAUCGAAUAAUAUUUACAUAUUAAGUUAAUAUUUAUGUAAACAGGAUCAUGAAACCGAUAUAUCAGGAAUAUUUUAUUGUUAUCCCAAAAAGAAACCUAUUAAGUUUAUUUUGAAUUGAAGCGAAAAUAUUUUUAUUUAUGCAACAAAAUGUCACAACAUAUAAUUAUGUACUUCGUGUAAAUAAAUAUUAAGUUUUAUAUACACACUGUAA